AAGGGCAUGACCAAAUGCAUGACAUAUGUACCGGCGCCCCAGUAAAAUUCCCGUCGGUGCCUUUGGCCAUUGUAAUUGCAACUCGUUUGCCAAAGUUUGGGCGCUGGUGCUGGUGGUUCCGGCCCUUCUGCUGCCCAAUGCGGUGAGUUGGAUGGAGGCUUCUUCUCUCCAGCUCCUCCCUAUGGCCUGUCUGUCUGCAUCUCACAGGUGAAAUGAAGUUCUGCCUUCAGAGGUGAUCACGCUGCUCUGCUCCUCUCCCGUCUCUCCUUCCCCUUUUCCUUUUCCUUUUCUCCCGGUGUCCACCUGCGAUUCUUUCAAGGAGCAAGAAUCCAAACCCACCUUCUCACCCAGCAUGAAGAGGUGCAAAUCGGAUGAGCUGCAGGAGCCAGAGGAAGACUCCACUGGGGCUGAAGAUGUUCCCAUCCUGGCUACCAUGGAUGCCAAGUCUGGGGAUUCAGCUGCUGCCCUGUUGGAUUCGGGUGCAUCUAAUCCAAACCCUGCCCUGCAUCCUGGUACUCGCAGCAAGCCUCCUGAUUUAAAGAAGAUACAACAGCUGUCUGAGGGAUCUAUGUUUGGCCAUGGCCUCAAGCAUCUUUUCCAUAGCCGCAGACGGUCCCGAGAACGGGAGCACCAGAACUCCCAGGAGUCAUCACAGCAACAUCAUGGCAUGUCUGAUCAUGACUCCCCAGAUGAAAAAGAGCGCUCUCCUGAGAUGCACCGAGUCUCCUAUGCCAUGUCUCUCCAUGAUCUCCCAGCUCGACCUACUGCCUUCAACAGGGUAUUACAGCAAAUCCGCUCCCGUCCUUCCAUCAAGAGGGGGACCAGUUUGCACAGUGGGGCAAAGUCUGCUGAGCCAAAAAGUAGCUCCUGGAACCUCCAGAAAGGUGCCACUUCACCUUUAAUCAACUGUUAAAGGCUGCCUCAGGAUAGUGCACUCCUCUACACAGCAAUACUUCAUCAACACCAAGGACGGCCAAGAUCUUCAUCUACCACAGACACUGCUCUGCUUUUGGCUGAGGGAGGGACUGUUUACCUCCUCGCAGAAGAGUCAGAAUGCCUCACUGAUAAGUUGGAUAAAGGGGAUACGAGCCAGCUGAGUCUGCCUUCCAACACAAGCCAUGGUGAUGCUGAUGGAAACAUCUGCCUCGAUGUUCCAGAUGGCAACCCUGACCCACAGAGGACAAAAGCGGCCAUUGACCAUCUUCACCAGAAGAUCCUCAAGAUCACUGAGCAGAUCAAGAUUGAGCAGGAGGCACGGGAUGACAAUGUGGCUGAGUAUCUGAAGCUUGCCAACAAUGCUGACAAGCAGCAGGCCUCUCGUAUCAAGCAGGUCUUUGAGAAAAAGAACCAGAAAUCAGCACAGACCAUCGCCCAGUUGCAUAAGAAGCUUGAGCACUACCACCGAAAGCUAAAGGAAAUUGAACAAAAUGGACCUUCACGCCAGCCGAAAGAUGUCUUCCGGGACAUGCAUCAGGGCCUCAAGGAUGUAGGGGCCAAUGUCCGCUCCAGCAUCAGUGGCUUUGGAGGGGGUGUGGUAGAAGGUGUCAAGGGUGGGCUGUCAGGCCUUUCCCAAGCCACACAUACAGCUGUGGUCUCUAAACCUCGUGAAUUUGCAAGCUUAAUCCGGAACAAAUUUGGCAGUGCAGAUAACAUUGCCCACUUAAAGGACACAUUGGAUGAUGGGCACCCUGAAGAGGCUUCACGGACUCUCAGUGGGAGUGCCACUUUAGUGUCAAGUCCCAAAUAUGGCAGCGAUGAUGAGUGCUCCAGUGCCACCUCUGGUUCAGCAGCAGGUAGCAACUCAGGGGCAGGCCCUGCUGGAUUAGGCAGCCCCAAAUCUAACACCUUGGACAGUCACCACUAUAAUUUUGAUACCAUCAUAGAAGAACUGCGGGAAAUAAAGGACAUUCAGUCACACCUUGAGGAUUCCAUGGAAGACCUCAAAACCCAGCUACAACGAGACUAUACUUACAUGACUCAGUGCUUGCAGGAGGAACGUUACAGAUAUGAGCGCCUGGAAGAGCAGCUGAAUGACCUGACAGAACUUCACCAGAACGAGAUGACCAAUCUCAAACAGGAAUUGGCUAGCAUGGAGGAGAAGGUGGCUUACCAGUCCUAUGAGAGGGCCAGGGAUAUUCAGGAAGCUGUGGAAUCCUGCCUGACCCGUGUCACCAAACUAGAGCUUCAGCAACAGCAGCAGCAGGUGGUACAGCUGGAAGGUGUAGAAAAUGCCAAUGCCCGGGCCCUGCUGGGCAAAUUCAUCAAUGUCAUCUUGGCCCUGAUGGCUGUGCUGCUUGUCUUCGUGUCCACCAUUGCCAGUUUCAUCACCCCCUUGAUGAAGACCCGCAUGCGCCUCCUGAGCACCACUUUGCUGGUGAUUUUUCUGUUCCUCCUCUGGAAGCACUGGGACUCCAUCACUUAUCUCCUGGAACAUGUGCUACUUCCUAGCUGAUUCCUCUGCCAACCAGAUGCUGGGGUUAUGGGGCAUUGGUUUCUUUCUGCAGAAAGGGGCAGAAAUGAGGAGACCUCCAAUUCAGUUUCUUUAUUCAGAGUAUGUAACCCUCACUUGCUUUCCUGGCACAGCCAUCUUUAUACCUGUUCAACACCAUCUCAGCAGUAGGGAGUGUAGCUACAUCACGGCUUGUAAGAGGCCAAAUGAUCACUCCUCUGGGAUACCUUUUCAAGGGAUUAUGGAGAGGCAGGAGAAGUCUGUAAAGAGCUCUGAUAGCUUUCCUUUAGAGCAGACAAAGUGAUGCUGAUUGCAAAGCAGAUCAGAACAAUGUUUUCUUGAGGAAGAUUGUUUUGUUUCUCCUUUCUGAGAAGGAUGGUGAAAACCUCAUUCCUGAGCACGAGGAUAACCUCUGAAUGCAAAAGUUCAGCACGGAAGGUGAACUUUGUUGAAAAUUCUUGCCUCAUAGGAACAUGCACAUAACUGAAAGAAAAGAAAGUACGUAUCACACCAGCUUGUCCAAAUCACAAGGAUAUUUAAUUUCCAUUCCUGUAGAACAUCCAAUAUGCCCUGAAAUAUAGUUGGGCUUUUUGGUACAAAAGAUUUGUCAUCCUAGCUGGUUGUUUUUACCAAUUAAAUUAUUCCCAAAGGAGACAAGACCUAAAGAGAAAGUAUCUGCCAUUCUGGUGCAAGCAAACUCAACACCUUAGGUUGGAUUUGUUAUGUUCUUUCUUUUUGUUUUAGUAUGUUAUCUUCAGGGACUUACUAGAAAUUCUGAUAUUGCAUCUGCAGAUCUUACAGUCUUUGCAAAUGUGUGCGUGUGUGUGUCUUAAAUUAUUGGUUUCAGAGUUCUGUUUCCUUUUUGGAAUUGUGCACUGGGUAAAAAUUCAAUUGCCUUUAUAUCUUCAAUGGUCUAAGAGAAAACAUAGCUUGGAGAGGAGCUUUUCUUAAUGGUUUAACAGCACUAAAGCCUCUGUCUGUGCAAAACAGUGAGUCUUUAGGAUUUUGGCAAGGCUUUGUUAAAUUAUACCAGGAGAAAAUGUACCCGUGACUUGCUGAAAGGGGCAAUUCCUCAUCUUGUCAUAUUCAAACAAUGUUAUUUACAGAACAUUGUUGUAGUUGAACAAAGUCCCCGGAACAUAGGAUUGGGUCCUUUGAUGGAGGUUUUCUCGUAAAAGGGAAAACAAAUUAUCUCUUUUGCUAUGGGUCCUGCUGUGUUUCUGUAGUUUUUGUUUCAAGAAAUUUAAACAAGUUACUCAUCAUUCACACUGUUUGGUUUUACAGUAAAACUGUCAGGGCUUGGCACAUUUUGAAGGCUUAAAAUGAAACAAUCUAGCUGAGGAACUCAUACCUGAUGAUGUCUUAUCAUUUUUGACAGUAACAUUGCUGGCAAAAAAGAGGUGUAAUAAAUUUUGGGCUGGGUAUGGUACUCAAGAGCUGUAGGGAGAUCAGAAUUAUGCUGUCCAAUACAAAAAUUCAAAUUGGAUCUAUACGUGCAGUGAAGUAUGGUAGUAGAAGGGUUGUUACGGUUUAAUAUUCUUCUAUGUUUUCAAAAAUUCAAACUUUAGAGUCUAAUAUAACAGAGAGUGGGCUAGGCUAGACCCUUCUCCUUGAUUUGACAGCUUGUAAGAUGAUUUUUUAAAAAAAAAACCACGUGGUGAUUUGGAAAAUGCUACUCCUCACCUGCAGUUUGACGUAGCUCUGCAGCAUGUAUAAAUCUGACCUCCACUAGCAUGUCUGUAACUGGCCUCAAACACUUUAAGAACAUGCUUAGAUAAAUUUGUCACCAAAGAGAUCUUUGGGCUGUUAUCCAAUGGGUAUGUAAAAUGAAAAAGAAAGGCAGUUUGAGGCCAAGAAGUACUAGUGUCAUUUUUGGCUAUCCCAUAUUUUCUGCAGUUACUGACCCAUUGUAUUUUAUGACCCUUUUCACCUAGUUCGACUGAGAUGGGAGAUCCUAAAAUCCAAGUGUAGCCAGGUUCACACAGGGGAGGAGACUUGUGUCAUUAAUAAGUAUGGUAGGAGGAAUUUUGGUGCAAUAGGAGUAAUUUCAUUUGCUGAAAGUAUUCUUAGGACAAUUAAAGGCAGAAAAAAUCUGUCAGUCGGUGACUUGCUUUUUCCAUGUAUGCUGGACUUUUCUUCUUACUUACAAAUUCCUCUUUAGUUAUGCAAGACUAUUUCUGAUAUUUACAGCAUCCCUUCCUAGAAAGAAGUAUUAUGGAUAUGCUGACUAGUUUAAAUCCACUUACCUGGCUCUCAUAACCUGCAGUUGUCUCACUUUUCAUGUGUAAACUUAAAGAUAAGUUCUUUUUUUUCACUUCUUUCAUUUCAUUUAUUAUGAUCCAAGAUCAGCCAGUGGAGAGAAGUGAUUUAAGUUUGAAGCAAAGGUAACUGAGCUUCAAGAUGCCCCACGUCCUCCUUCCCACGCCACCAUAUUGUGUAAGACAGAUGUUAAAAUGUCUGGAAGAAACUGGGUUACGAAGACCUCUAUUGACAAACCCCUUUCAAAGGCACAGUACUACGAUCUGUCUUUCAGAAUGGCAAGAACUGUGAAGGACCUAAUUUUUUUUAAAAAAAACAUAUCUAUUUAUUUUGUAUGUUGUCAGGAGAGGUCAGAAAACUAACAUAUUUUUUUCCUGAUCAGUUAUGGAAAGGGCUAGUUUUCUAGUGGGAUGCACGUGGACAGUUUUUAAAGUGAUGUUAGGAUGAACGUUGGAUGAGUUGGAAAAGAGUUCUGAGCGAUGAGAAUGCUAGCUAUUCCAGAGCACAAAUUAAAUUAGUUUUUUGCCACUGUACUGAGGAAAAGGGGCAGUUCUGUGGGACUAUAGCUGUUAUCUUGUGCUAACCCUGAGCCAGCCCCCCCUGUCAGAUGAAAGAAUGGGAGGGUCAGUUUUGAUGCAGAGGGUUUGCUUGCAGUAUGGGUUUAAAGCUUUUGCUUUACAACUUUAUACUUUAAAUGGAUCUAUAGGAGUGUUCUUGUGCUGGCUUAGCACAACAGGAGGAGGCAUAGCCAGCUCACACUUUAAAAUAUUGAAAAUGUGUUUAAAAUACAGCUUAUUUCUGAUCUUUUUCAUGGUGGGCUGUUUAUGCCCACGAACCUCCCACCCACCUAGGUUCUGUUUCGAUGUGAUAAACUGGAUAUUUUUGAAUAGUACUUUCACACAGGGAGUAGAAAAAAUGGCUUGGUGAUGUUCCCUGGCUUGUGUGCACCAGAAGCAAACAAUUGCAAUAGUCAUUUGUGGCCUUAGAAUCAUGAUUCCAUAGUCAAUUUUACAGAUCUCAGUUCAACUGAUACAGUCUUUCUUUCCCCCACUCCCCCAGUCCUUUUUGCCUGCCUCCAAAGUAGGGGAGGACAUAUGGCAGCACACUACAUUUCACUGGAAACGUAAAUCAGAAGUAGCUUAAGCUGUUGCCAUGCCGUCAAUCAUACCCCCUGUAUUUGCCUAUAGGUAUGGAAGACUUCUGUGUCCAUGGCUGCACAUUGGAGCAGUGCCUGACACUCAGUUCGUGCAGUCAUUUGCAGCACUACCCUGGCAGGAGCAGUGCUUCAUGACUGGAAGACUGUGGCUGGCAUCAUUAUAUGAUCAUUGCAGUCAUAUAAUCAAGUCUGUAAUGAUCCCAUGAAGGACAUUUCUUGCAAAUUGUCUGCUGGUGCUUCCACGUCCUCUGUGCACAGAAGAACCACAUGGUUUUGUAGUGAUGUGUUAACUUUUCAAGAAUGUGGUUGUCUUCUGUCACAGGCCCACACCAUGGCACAACCCAUUUCUGAUGCUGUUUGACUGUAUUUAUUAUGUAUGCUUGAAUCUUUUCCCACCUUUGCUCCUUUGUUUCCCUUUGGGAAGCCCAUCCAAGAGAAGCACUGGUUUCAUUUCACACUAUUUUUCCAUUCACUUUUUUUUUUAAAUAAAAAGUUUUAAAA